AUGCACUACUCCUCCACGACAAUACGGUUCAGACCCGUCCUCCUUCUGGCAUUCACCCUCAGCUUCUCCUUCACCAAGCUGGCGUAUGCCUGGGGCUCACUUGGCCACGAGACCGUCGCCUGGAUUGCACAAUCCUAUGUCUCACCGGCCACCGAAUCAACGAUCAAGGCUCUCUUAGAGUCCAACCGAACAGACUACAUGGCCAACGUAUCCACCUGGGCGGAUUCAUACCGAUAUACCAGUGAAGGCCGAUGGACUGCACCUCUGCAUUACAUUGACGCAAACGAUGAUCCUCCGUCUUCCUGCUCGGUUGAUUAUGCUCGAGAUUGCGGAGAUGCCGGGUGCAGCGUCAGCGCCAUCGUCAAUUAUACUUCGAUUCUACUAAACGGCCAUCAUCGUCCAUCCAGCAGUCGUAAUGCGAGCAGUGCAGCCGUCCUCAAAGAUGCAGCCAGAUUCAUAAUUCAUUUCAUCGGCGAUCUUCAUCAACCUCUCCAUGACGAAGCGCUCGAUGUCGGCGGAAACACUAUCAACGUCACCUAUGAUGGCGAAGACACUAAUUUGCAUCAUAUCUGGGACACGGAGAUCGUGGAACAGCUUGCCGACGGGAUGGACGCGCAUGAGUUCGCCGAGAACCUCACCAAGUCUAUCGAGGCUGGAGAUUAUGGCUGGAACGUUAAUGGCUGGCUGAGUGGUGUCGUCUCGGUGAACAAUACGUUGGCUACGGCAAUGGAGUGGGCGAGCGAGGCCAAUGCCUUUGUUUGUACCGAUGUCCUGCAGGAAGGGGUCGAUGCUGUCGAAGACGAUGGGGAUCUGAGCCGUAGUUAUUAUGAGGCUCAUUAUGAUGUCGCCAGAGUGCAGAUUGCAAAGGCAGGAUAUCGCUUGGGCAUAUGGUUGAACUUGAUUGUCACUGGGAGGAUGGAUGGUUAG